GGUAUCAUGUUGUCGUUUGUUUAAAUCUUUAAUUCAAUCAAAUGUGAUGUUUAAUUUUGCAUUUGUUUUAAUUUCAUCUUUAUUUAUUUCACCUUUUAAAAUUGACCAGUGGCUCGAUGAAACCCAUCAUUUAUUUAAGUCCUAUUACUUACAUUGAAUCACUUCUAAAAACAGCUGUAAAAAGGCAAAGUGAUUCAAGCUGAAUAAAUUUUUAAGGAUGAUCAAUAUAAGAUACUCAUCUGGACGCAAAGGUGCCAAAGUGAAAAUUAAUGGAAUCAGUAUAAGAAUUUGGACUCUAUGUCUUCUCUUUUUUUGUGCAAUUCCUGCUGGCUUCAUUAUUUAUUACCACCAUUUUCUCAACAGCUUCGCCUAUCAAAGAGAUACAUUUCGAUCUGGCUCAAAUUUCCUUGGGUUCAAUGAUAGAGAAGCUAAACUUGCUGAGAGAGUUCGGGAAGUCGAAGAACAAAAUCAACUCUUACGAAGGCAACUUACUUUAUCUAGAAACAAAUUGAUCAACAUUGCUCAGCAUGAUGCUCAUCAACAACGUCAGCUGAGACAGCUUAAAGGCCAAAGAAAAGGAAAAGGUGAUGCUUCGGAGGCGAAUAAUACGCAAACAGAUCGCAAUAAAAAGAGAGAGAAUAAUGAAGGAAAUGAAAUAAGGACUGAUGGUCUCGAUCAUAAAUGCUCCAAUCCAUCGUCUUCCGGAUCACCUAUCUCCAAAUGUGAAGUUAUUGACAUUGCCAUUGUUUGUGCUGGUUACAAUUCGAGUCGCUCUGUUGUCACUUUAAUCAAAUCGAUAUUGUUUUAUCGUAAAAAUCCUCUACAUUUCCAUUUUAUUGCUGAUUCAGUUGCUCGUCUCAUAUUACAAAAUCUAUUCCGUACUUGGGCUGUUCCCGGAAUUGAAGUUGACUUUUAUCUCACGGAUGACUUACAAAAAGAUGUCGUAUGGAUUCCCAAUAAACAUUAUUCCGGUAUUUAUGGACUAAUGAAACUGGUUCUUCCUAAAGCCUUACCGGAUUCUCUCGAUAAAAUAAUUGUUCUCGAUACUGAUGUUACUUUUGCAACCGAUAUUGUCGAACUAUGGAAUCUUUUUGCCCAAAUGAAAAACAAACCUCUAGGUUUGGUUGAAAAUCAAAGUGAUUGGUAUUUAGGUAAAAUUUGGAAAGGUCACAGGCCUUGGCCAGCAUUGGGUCGUGGUUUCAACACUGGAGUCAUUUUAAUGAGCUUAAAUAAAUUACGUGAAUUUGACUGGUCACAAAUUUGGAAAAUGAUUGCUGAAAAGGAAUUGUUCUCAAUGUUGUCAACUUCUUUAGCUGAUCAAGAUAUUUUCAAUACAGUUAUUAAACAACACCCUUUCCUUGUUUAUAAACUACCAUGCCAAUGGAAUGUCCAGCUAAGUGAUAAUAGUUUGUCUGAAAGACUUUGUUACACUGAAGCUCAAGAUUUAAAGAUUAUUCAUUGGAACUCUCCAAAAAAAUUGAAAGUAAAAAACAAGCAUUUAGAAUUUUUUCGUAAUUUAUAUUUAACUUUCUUGGAAUACGAUGGUAACCUACUAAGACGAGAGUUGUUCGGAUGUCCUAAUCUUACAAGCACAGUCAGACCGAAGACAAGCAAUCUUGCUAAUAAUCAACUUUCAAUCAACUCUUUGGACGAAGAUGACUCUUGUUACGAGUUUAGACGAGCUACAAUUACCGAGUACCGAACUCAUCUUUAUUACAUUGAUUUUGAUUAUGAACCUAGUCCAGAAGGAAAUGAUGUUACUUUAGUAGCCCAGUUAUCCAUGGAUAGACUUCAAAUGGUUGAAUCUUUAUGUAAACAUUGGGAAGGUCCAAUCAGCUUAUCCCUUUACAUAUCAGAUUCUGAGGUUCAACAAUUUUUUGGCUAUAUUAUGGAUUCUCCGGUGUUAAGAGAUAGGCGUAAUAUUGGUUAUCAUAUUGUUUAUCGAGAAGGAGAUUUCUAUCCUAUUAAUCAUCUUCGGAAUAUCGCUCUCCGUCAAGUCAAAACGCCGUUUGUUUUUCUUACUGAUGUUGAUUUUUUGCCUAUGUUUGGACUUUAUGAAUAUCUUAAAAGAUCUGUUGCUGCUCUUGCACUUGAAUCCAAUGAUAAAAAAGCUUUAGUUGUUCCAGCUUUUGAAACUCAGCGUUAUCGUAUUUCAUUUCCUAGAACUAAAGCUGAUCUCCUUAAUAUGCUUGAUUUGGGAACUCUAUUUACAUUUAGAUAUCAUGUUUGGACUCGAGGUCAUGCUUCAACUGAUUACCAAAAAUGGAGAACCGCAACUCGACCCUACAAGAUCUCAUGGGAGCAAGACUUUGAACCUUACAUCGUGGUCAAAAAAGAUGUUGUUGAAUACGAUUCUCGAUUUGUUGGGUUCGGCUGGAACAAGGUUUCUCACAUAAUGCAACUUCAUGCGAUCGGCUACCAAUUUAUUGUUUUACCCAACGCAUUUAUCGUUCACAUGCCCCAUGCUCCAAGUUUCGACAUUGCCAAAUUCAGAUCGAGUUCAAUCUAUCGAAAAUGUCUGAAUAUCAUGAAGAGUGAAUUUGUAGCUGAAUUGUCUCAAAAGUAUGGCAAGCAAUUCAAGAUUACUAUUUCUAAUGAUGUCAUGAAGCAGUAAAUCAAUUAAUCUAGAUCCACUACCUCAAAUGGAUUUAUUUGGAUUCAUUUUUCUCUCCACUUGAUGACAAUAUUAUUAGCAUUGAGAUUUUAUCUCAGUCGGUAAUGAUUCCUCCUUAUUACUCAUAAAUCUCAUCUCUCUAUGCUGAUAUUAAGUACUUAGUUACGCUUGUAUAAGGAAAACUUCAUGUUUAGCAUAGCAAGCAUUUCAUUUUGUUUUUACCAUCACCAAUUUUUAACCUCUUUGAGGUAGAUUUUAAAAAAUUUGGCAAUAUUCGCAAUUAAUGUUAAAGUUAAUUCACCUUUGAAUUAUAUUUUUUUAACAACAAAUCUACUUAUUAAUUGAAACUUUCAUUUUAAGUCAUUGCUUUAAAUUAAACUCUAAGAUAAUUGUUCAAAUUAAGUGAUAAAUUUGUACCAUAAAUCGUCGUCAAUUUACUAUUAUUGUCAUUAUAAUUGGUUUCUAAAGAAUAGCUGUAAAUACGAGUAAAAUAAAUUUAUAAUUGUAAUU